UGACAAUUUCAAUUGGAGUUCAACAAUGGCGAAUUUUUCUAGAUUUUUUAACUUCUGAAGAAAUAUAUGUCGUGGCAAAUUAAAUAAAACGUGAUUAAAAUACGGAAAAUGUAUUGUUAAUUACAUGCACAAAAUAUAUAUUAAAACAGUGAUGAAAGUAAUAAAGUGUAAAAAGUGGGGAAAAUAGAGUAAAUUUUUGGAAAAGAAAAUGAAGUGUCGGUGGUUGRUGAUGUCGCGGUCGUGGUGGAACGUCGCAGUUUGUUUCGAAUUGUGUGUUUUGAUUGCAUCAGCCGCGGUGUCGGCAAAAACACCAGUUAAAAGUAAAAUAAAUGUUGUGGCAAAUGCACAAAAUUUAACACAAGAAAAUGAUAAUCGUAAUAUUACAAAGGGUAAUGUCGCAUCCGACCAAUUACGCGCAUAUCGUAUGAGAGAGGCGUGCACUGAUUUGGCCCGAGAUGAAGAAACGUUAAUGGUUUUCUCGACAUUAGGGGGCGGAUUAACAGCAAUUGAUCCAAUAACAAGUGAAAUUCGUUGGACCAUAGCAGACGAACCACCGGUACGCGCCGACCAGGAACAAAAUGUGGAAGUGCCACAAUAUUUGCCAGAUCCACGUGAUGGCAGCAUUUAUCAGCUUAGCGAUAUGGGUAACUUGAAGAAAUUACCCUACACUAUACCACAACUGGUGGCUAGCGCACCCUGUCGUUCGUCCGAUGGCAUACUAUAUUCGGGAAAGAAAAGCGAUACUUGGUUCGCGGUCGAUCCGAAGUCGGGUAAACGCGAGACUGUUAUGGGUUUCGGAAUGGAUACCGCUGAAGCUACAGAACAAAACGAGGAAAGUAAGAGUAAAGCUACGCAUAGCACAUCGCGUUCAAUUUAUUUGGGACGCACGCAGUACACCGUCAUGAUGUACGACAGUUUGGCCAAAGGGAAAAAUGUUAAACCCUGGAAUAUUACCUUCUACGAUUAUAGCGCACACACAAUGACGCCGGAUAUAUCGAAGGAGUAUGAAUAUCUGCAUUUAACCACCACUUCGAAUGGUAAUAUCGUAACUUUAGAUAGAAAGAACGGCAAAUUUUUAUGGAAGCGCGAUUUAACAAGUCCAGUGGUGGCCGCAUUUCUACUCGGCUCGGAAGGUUUGUUAAGUGUGCCCUUUACUACCGUUUCCGAUGAGGCUUUCGAAUCCAUUAUAGAGGAGUCCAAAACGGGCAAUGUGAAUACCAUAAAGUUGUUUCAAUCGCUUUACGUGGGUGAGCACAGUCAUGGCUUAUAUGCUUUACCAUCGCUGGUGGAUAAGGACACACCACGCAUUUCGGCAAGCCCACCUAUAAAAUUGUUGGAUGGCCCCAACUCCGCAGAGGAAUCAGAUCCUAAAAUGGUAUAUAUCGAUGAUGUGAUACGCCAAAAUGCUGGCAUUGUGCUCGGCCAUUACAACAUGCCGACUGACAGUAAUUUGCAAAUAUCACCCUCGCCGUCGAACGUUGACAACAAUCAAGGCUUAGCCACCAUCAAUAAUUUUCCCGAUGUCACUACUAUGGGCUCAAAUGGCUACAGCAUAAUCACAGGUUCGAAUAGCGAAAAAAACUCAGCCGAAAUUGGUGUACAAACUGAGCCCGUUAUUGAAAUGAAAAUAGAGUCGACAAAUGCUUUUAAUAAGACAAAAAAGAUCAUUUUGGCGAAUAGCAAUAAAAUACAGAGAUUCAUCAAUGAGUGGUUUAUGGAGCAUCCGAGUGGAAAAGUGCAUCAGAUUCUCAUUGUUUUGGUCUUGGCUAUGGUCGCCAUGUUCUGGUAUAUGUGCAGCACUAUGCGUGAGUUGAAGAAUCAGAGUGAAAACGGCUCGAAAACGUACUCAUCCUCCAAUAAGAGUAGCAGCGGCAGCAGCAAUGUGAAUGCAUUGGACCUCAUCGAUUUGGGCGACGGUAAUAUACGUGUUGGCAAAAUAUCUUUCAACUCGCAUGAAGUGCUUGGUAAAGGUUGUGAGGGUACAUUYGUGUUUAGAGGCACAUUUGAGGAACGCUCUGUGGCGGUAAAAAGGCUGCUGCCCGAAUGUUUCACAUUUGCCGACCGUGAAGUGGCCUUGCUGCGCGAGAGUGAUGCGCACGAGAAUGUGGUGCGAUACUUUUGUACCGAACAAGAUCGCCAAUUUCGCUACAUAGCGGUGGAGCUUUGCGCGGCCACUUUGCAAGAUUAUACAGAGGGUGAACGAAGCGCUGAAUUGCGCACGCAAAUCAACGUGUGGGAGGUAUUGCGCCAAGCGGCAGCGGGUCUCAGUCACUUGCAUUCAUUAAAUAUCGUGCAUCGGGAUAUUAAGCCACAAAACGUGUUGCUUUCACUGCCCGAUGUUAGUGGCACCGUGCGCGUGAUGAUAUCUGAUUUUGGUUUAUGCAAGAAGUUGAAUUUUGGCAAGACCAGUUUUUCACGACGCUCCGGCGUGACCGGCACUGACGGUUGGAUUGCGCCAGAAAUGAUGCGCGGUCAGCGUACGACAACCGCUGUGGACAUUUUUUCCCUUGGGUGCGUCUACUAUUAUGUGCUUUCCACUGGCCAUCAUGCGUUCGGUGAUGCGCUCAAGCGACAGCAUAACAUACUAACACAUGAAUAUAAUUUGUUAAAACUCAAAGUGGACACAGAUGAUGAGGCAAACGUGCCAGAGGAGGCUAGCAAGUUUAUACUUGCCGAACAGCUGAUAGCAGAUAUGAUACACAAAGAUGCACAAAGUCGCCCGUACGCGCGUUGUAUAAGCGCACAUCCAGUCUUUUGGAAUAAUCAGAAGAUUUUGGCUUUCCUACAGGAUGUUAGCGAUCGCGUUGAAAAGCUACAAUUCCAUGUGGAGCCAUUGAAGUCGCUGGAGAAGAAUGGUCGCUGCAUUGUGCGCGGCGAUUGGAAUGCACACGUUGAUCCGCUCAUAACGGAGGAUCUGCGCAAAUAUCGCGGCUACAUGGGCGCCAGUGUGCGCGAUCUCUUGCGUGCRUUGCGCAAUAAAAAACAUCAUUAUCACGAGCUGGCGCCGAAAGUGCAGCAGAAGCUCGGCUGCAUACCGAACGAUUUCACGAACUAUUGGAUUAAUAAAUUUCCCGAGUUGAUAUCACAYGCCUAUCAUGCGUUUAGCAUAUGCGCCGAGGAGCCCAUCUUUAGGCAUUACUAUAAUGCCGAUUACCACUUCAGUCGUCCGUGGUAUUUUGAUGCGGAUGAAAAUCUCUUCCCAUCGCUACAAAACGACCCCAAGCAUUUAUUAAAACAAAACAAAGAUGGCAGCGCCAGUCCGAAAUGGCUGCCGCGCACGCCCGAGAAGCAGCAACAAUUAAAACAACGAAAGGGUGUUUAUAAUUUCCGCAAAAGCUCGGAUGCGGAUGUAAUUGGUGUGGGUUUGCAAAGAAAUUUGAAUUUAUCGACGCCCAGUGCCGCGAUGACAGCGGAGGGUGAGGAUGAGACAGGCAAUGGCAAUAGGCGUGAUGUCUUUGCUAACUUCAAAUUUCGACGGAACUACGGCAAAUCAACGAACCGUAAUUACGACAAUAUAAACGCSAACGCGAAUAACGGUGGUAAUAAAGAGAAGAGCAUCACAUGGACAUUGCCUGGCAAACAGGCCACUGAGGAGUGAAUAAGAGCAGUAAAAUAAUACCGUAGUAUUUAAGAACUGCGAGUAAUACUAUUUUUAAGUAGACUUAUAGCGCAUAUUUAGUCUAAAUUUAUAAGUUAUUGUAACAUUUUUGUAAGUUUUACUACAAAUAAUGUUAUGUUGAGCAGUUGGAGUACAGUGUAGCGUUCUCCUGGUGGAGUGCAAUGGCAAAUCAGACUUUCUACUUUGAAACAACGCGUCUCUACUUUUGAUAACUCUUAGUUUGUUGCGGAAUUGCGUAUGUAUUGCAAAUUUAAAAACGUAUUAGAAAUUGUAAAAGUAAAUUUGAUAGGCUUUAAUAGAUGUAUAAUAUUUAUAAAUAUGUUUGAAAGAAAUAUUUCUCGGACUUAGAAAUCGUACUAAUGCGUUUAAAAACUGCAAAAAAAAAAUGUUUUAAACAUGUUUAAGCUUAAUUUGAACUUCAUGCUUAGUGCAGUCGCAAACAGAUUGCCUUCUCCAUUUUAAUUAAUAUACUUUUACCUCAAUGCACUUAAAUAUGCUAGCAAAAAAUUAAUUUGUGUACGCAUAUAAAAUGUUGGUUUUCAAUUAUUGAAAUAUUAAUAGUUUACAAUUUCUUUAUUCCAAUUACGAAUGAAUAUUAUCACUUUAUGUGGAAAUUUUUGUGAAGAAAGURAAAAAAAAAAAUUAUAUUAUGAAAUAGAAAAWGCAGCAUAUCCAGUCURCAGUUAAGCGAAAGUGCUAAAAAUAAUUAUAAAUGAAAAAUAAUUUAUAGCUUUCAAACAAAGAACAACAAAUACGAGAAUUUGCUUAUCUAUAAAGUAAUAUUCUGCACUGCAGCGUKUUUAUUACCAGCCAGGCGUUGCUUAUCAAUUGCGCAAAUAUUUGUAUAUAUUUUUGGUGCUAAUAUUUUUCUACAAUCGACAGCAAAUACUCGGCUCUACUGUAGACUGCAAACAAUUGUUGUUUUGUUGUCAGAAAAGGUGUCUGUCAAAUGCACGUAAUUUGUCUGUGAUAACAUUUAUUGUUAAACUUAAGAAAUUUAUAAUAAAUAAGUGCUUACUGUUUAAGCGUUUUCAAUUGCAAGCGUUCAAAGGAAAACAAUAUACAUUUCAUAUAUAUUUUUAUACAUAUGUAUUUAUGUAUAUCGUCACUUAAAAUGCAAAAUAACGUAACAUCAGUUUUCAUAAGUUUACUGGCGAAUUAAAAACGAUAUAAUAGCAACGACUAAUAUCGAAACCAAAUUCGCGUUUCGGUUAUAAAAUAUAUAAUUUAUAUAUCGGUUAUCAUACAUUCAUUGAAACAGAAUUAGAGUUUUCGUUAUAAAAUGUGAACAUAACUGACAACGAUUUCAAUUUUUUUAAUGAUACGUUGUUUUGCAUUUUAGUUGAUGAUAUAUAGCAUAAAUAAUGCCUACUAUGUUCCCUUGUAAAUUUUGCUCUCAAACUUACCAAAUUCCAUUUUUUAUUUUUUAUUUUUUAUUUGUUUUACAUUUAAUAAAAAAAAAUUUGUACUAAUUAAGUCCAACUAUUGUACUUUGUUGAUCAAUUGUUUUAUUUUAGCGCUUGCAAUAAAACUUAGUAAGGCAUAAAUAAAAUAAAUAAAUAAACUAUGUAAAUAUACCGUUAUUUGUGUAUGCAUGCACUUGUAAAUGCACUUUUAUGCGACAUGCUAUUUCAUUAUUACUUUAUAAUUAGCCUAAGUUCAUUAAAAAUUUAUUCCUGACAAUUGUAACCAAAUAUCUAACUGUAUCUGCGUAUUUACUACUACUUUUACUUUUUUCCCGCAAAUAAAUAUUAGUUAAAAGAAACCAAA